UCCCCCCGGCGGCCCCGCCCCCCGCGCCCCCCGCGGUGUAGUGGCCGUUGCCGGUGGCCGGCGGCGCAGAGCGGAGCGGAGCCCGCUCGGGACGCGUUCCCGCGGCGGCGGCUCGGACGGGGCGGCCGGUGCUAGCACAGCGGCGGCCCCAUGUUUUCCCCCAGCGAGGAGGAGCUGUGCGCGCUGAACAAGGAGCCCGUCAAGUAUGGGGAGCUGGUGGUGCUGGGGUACAAUGGAUCCCUCCCUAAUGGGGACAGGGGGCGCAGGAAAAGCAGAUUUGCCCUUUAUAAACGAUCUAGAGCAAGUGGAGUUAAACCCAGCACUGUCCAUGUCAUCUCUACUCCUCAGACAUCAAAGCUUUCUUUCAGCUCUGUGAGUCCAGAAGUCCAGAAGAAGCAGUUAGAGAAAACAUAUGCAGAGAAGCUUCCUUUCAACUGCAUGAGUCCAGAAGUCGAGAAGAAGCAGUUUGAGAAAUCAUAUUCAGAGAAGCUUCCUUUCAACUGCAUGAGUCCAGAAGUCGAGAAGAGCCAGUUUCAGAAAGCAUAUUCAGAGGCAAUCAGCUCAAAAGGCCACCACAGCGUCUCUUACACAUUGUCCAGAACCCAGACAGUUAUAGUGGAAUAUAUUCAUGACAGAGAUACAGACAUGUUUCAGGUUGGGAGGUCUACAGAAAGCCCCAUAGACUUUGUAGUAACAGACACUAUUUCAGGAAAUCAAAACAGUGAUGAAACCCAGAUUACCCAGAGCACCAUCUCCCGAUUUGCCUGCAGGAUUGUUUGUGACAGGAACCCACCAUACACAGCAAGGAUCUUUGCAGCUGGCUUUGACUCAUCCAAAAAUAUAUUUCUUGGUGAAAAAGCAGCCAAGUGGAAAAACCCUGAUGGGCACAUGGAUGGAUUGACAACCAACGGGGUGCUGGUGAUGCACCCCAAGGGAGGCUUCACGGAGGAGUCCAAGCCCGGGGUGUGGCGGGAGAUCUCCGUCUGUGGGGACGUCUACACGCUCCGGGAGACCAGGUCUGCUCAGCACAGGGGCAAACUGGUAGAAAACGAGACCAACAUCCUGCAGGACGGCUCCCUGAUCGACCUGUGCGGGGCCACCCUGCUGUGGAGGACGGCGGACGGGCUCCUGCACUCGCCGACGCAGAAACACAUCGAGGCGCUGCGGCAGGAGAUCAACGCCGCCCGGCCCCAGUGCCCCGUGGGCUUCAACACCUUGGCCUUCCCCAGCAUGACCCGCCAGGACGUGGUGAAGAAGAAGGACGUGGAGGAGAAGCAGCCUUGGGCCUACCUCAAGUGCGGCCACGUGCACGGCUACCACAACUGGGGCCACCGCAGCGACAUGGCGGGCGACGAGCGCGAGUGCCCCAUGUGCAGAACCGUGGGCCCCUACGUGCCUCUGUGGCUGGGCUGCGAGGCCGGCUUCUACGUGGACGCCGGGCCCCCCAGCCACGCUUUCACCCCCUGUGGACACGUGUGCUCCGAGAAAACUGCCAAAUACUGGUCGCAGAUCCCGCUGCCUCACGGCACUCACGCCUUCCACGCCGCCUGCCCGUUCUGCGCCACGCAGCUCUCCGGCGACGGCAGCUGCGUCAAGCUCAUCUUUCAGGGCCCCAUCGACUGAGAGGAACCACGCACGCACGGAAAUGACCACAAUAAAAGUUUUCUUGAACGGU